AUGUCUUCCGUCACCUCCGCGACGGGCCUGCUCAGGCAGCCUCAGAUCCGGCCGUACAGUCCUCCGACUGGCCGUCCCCCGAGCCGCUCUCCCUCGGUCCACUCCCAGGCUUCCGCUACUGCGCGGACCAUGCCCAAGAGAUUGUUCGUCGCUAACGCCGAUGCUGCGCCGGUCCCAGAGGACACCUUCAUCCGAGCACACCGAGAACAACAGGUGCGCCGUGGAGGCUCUUACGGCGCCAUGGGAAGCCCAGCCCACCCUCGUCCCACGGACCUAAUCUCCUUCUCUCCGGCGCCGUCGGUGCAUUCCCGACAUGGCUCCUUGAGUACCCCUCGUCGCAUUGCAACAUCACCCUCGAGCGCAGGGACCUUCGGACGGCGCCCGUCCGCUGCUGCGUCGGUGACGCCCCGACAGAUGGAAGAAGGCAACGCGCGCGCUCCGCGAGGGCCGCUUCUGCUCGGCGCGAAUCCAUUCAUGGAUUCGCCCUCGCGCAACGCCAGCCCCGAGUCUUUCCAUUCUGGCUUCAGCAUGAGCAGCGCACCCACGCACUCCAGCUCCGGAAGCUCGUAUACGCCGUUUAGCCGGACGUACGGCAGUUACCUCUCGCCGUACGCUUCCUACUCUUCCAAUGGAAGCCUCGUUGGUGUCCCUUCUCAACUCCAGCCGGGCGCAGAACCUUACCCCGCAUUCACCAAUCCGUUCAUGCCUCCGAUGAGGGAUUCGAAGGCCUCGAACGUCAGUUACCCAGGUACUCCUCUAGGGACGCCCGCUGCCUUAACUCCAAGCAACGCCUCGGUGCACUCCUUGGUGCCUAGCGUCCAUCUCCUCGACACACACCCCAGCACGCAACCCCAGUACAACCCGCAGUUUGGCAUCGUCCCAGCCAACUCGCUCAGCGCCCCGCCUACGGCGCACAUACGAGCUCCGAGCGACGACCUGCUCUGGCGCCCCUACAGCGCGGGCGCGCGCAUGAGCCGCAGUCCGAACGAUCCGCUGUACGAGGACGUCAAGCUCCCGAACCCGUACGGCGGGGAAAUCAGACGAUUUGGCAGCGUCCCGCACGUGCGGAGUGGGAGCUACUCUGACGGGUACGGGGCUGCUGGUUAUGGGUCGUUUAGCGUUCGGGGCGCUCCUUAUGUAGGGCAGGGUCAGGGAAUUCCCAUUCGCGGGGAAGGGAUCGCCAGGGGCGCCGUUGUGGCUCAGGUCCCGAGUUGGCGAGAGAUGGUCAUGCGGGCCGCUAGUGGCUGA